AAAAAUCAAUGGAGAAUUUUAGGAUUUUUUUCAAGUAUUAUGGGAUUCAUUUCUUAUGCAAGCAGCUCUUCUUUCAAUCAUCUUUUUGGAAAGUGGAACUUCAUCAAAAUCAUUAUUUACACAGUGCUUCGAACGAAAAACCAGACCUAUUGAGCAUGAUUUCUUGUGUUGCCUUUGCUUUAAUGUCUUUUUGCUUAUCAAGACAGAUCGAUCUUGGUUUUGAAUCUGAUCUCCUCAAUUUCUUCCUUGGAAUUUUAACCGUUCAAUUGAUGAAGAUCAAUUUGAUUCUAUCUAUUGUUGCUGCAAUCUUAUGUUAUUCUCUUAUUGUUCUUCGUUCGAAAUUGGGUUCGAGGCAUGAAAUAGGAACUUUGAGAGUAGAAGAUGAUGUAGCUAUAGAAAUUGAUGGUGUAGAUAACAAUAGAAAUGAAUUUCAAUCUGAUUAUAGUAAUGGUCGCCAACAAAAUAAGUCGUCAGUAAGAAGGAUGAAUCAUGAUGAUGGGUAUAAUUGGAAAAAGUAUGAAGAGAAAGUAGCAAAAGGAAGUGAAAAUCAAAGAAGCUAUUAUAAAUGUACAUGGCCUAAUUGUUUUGUGAAGAAAAAGGUUGAGAGAACAAUAGAUGGAGAAGUUAUUGAGACACUAUACAAAGGUACACAUAAUCAUUGGAAGCCAACGUCUUCAAUGAAGAGGAAUUCAUCAUCUGAGUAUCUUUAUUCACUUUUACCUUCCGAGACGGGCUCCAUUGACUUGCAAGAUCAAUCAUUUGGAAGUGAACAAUUGGAUUCUGAUGAAGAACCUACGAAGUCUUCGGUAUCGAUAUGAAAUGUUUUCAUAUUGAAUUUUAUUUGGAAGUCGCUCAUUUUUAUUUUUUUAACGGAAAAUAUUAGUAUGUUGGUUGUUAUGUUAGUAUUUUCUCCUUUACCAAGGUUCGAACAUUUACUCAUUAGCUCUUUUAAUCUCUUAGUUGAACCAUGUGUCUUAUAGAGAGGUAAUAACUUAUCUAUUUUUGUAAAGAUAAACCUUGAUAUUUUAUCCCUUCUACUUUGUUGGGAUUAAUGACAUGGUGUGUUAGGAAUUUAUGAUAGUUUA